AUGAACGGCAAUUCGGAGUCGACCUCAAACAGUAUCAAAUUUGCACCGAUGCCCAUGUCGGCGUUACUAGCUAGUUUGAUGCCUUUACAAAAAACAUCUGAUACUCCUGACUCUAGUUUCACGACAGACGAAAGCGAUGAAUCCUCAAACGAAAUCGCUAUGUCGAAAACACCGUCUAAAAACAACACAAACAAGUAUUCAACUCCGCAGUACAAAGUUACUAAAGAUAGACAUAAUUUUGCCUCCGAGAAAAAACUUACUUCAAAUGAACAUAACAAAGAGAACUCUAAUGCAUUUAAAUAUCAAAAUCAGAUACAGUCUGAGAACAAUAUUUUACCGAGUGUUCAAAACUUAGUAAAGGUUCCAUCAGCUUAUGCAAAUUCUGAUAUGAAAAAGCGAAGUGUACUCAUACAACAGGACACCAACGUAAAGGUGCCACAAGUUAAAAUUAAUUCAGCCCAUACAAAGACUCCUGAGAUUAAAGUUCCGAAUAGUUCACAGAAAACAAAAACGGGGACGCCUAAAAUUAAAUCAGGCAUUCGGAAAUUUACUCCUGGUUCGUCGAGACAUAGUCAGAAAAAAACUCCUCAACCAACAGUCAUACAGAAUAGAGACAAAGUUCGUUGUGAACUGUUUAGACAUAAUCAGAAACAGCUUCCAGUAGAGCCCCAAACACUGGCUCCUGUUAAGCCGCCACUUCCAGUGCCAGAGACACCAGUAAACAGAAAGCCAAUGCCUGCAUCUUAUGCUGCAACGCCAUCCUACCCACAAGGGAUGGUUGGAAACAACUCAAAAGUAUUGUUCAAAACUACAUCCAUUAAAGAUAAAAAAUAUAUGUUUAUAAAGAAAUUAGGAACAGGAGGCUCUAGUGAAGUUUACAAGGUUUUAGAAAUAAGAACAUCCUGUGAGUUUGCAGUGAAGUGUGUGUACCUGGCCACCGACCAAGAGCUGGCUCAGGGCUAUAUCAAUGAAGUGCGUCUCCUCAAGGAAUUACAGAACUCUGAUCGUGUGAUACGUCUAUAUGACUACGAGUACGACCGCCAGAACCAGUUCCUGCGCCUGGUGCUGGAGGUGGGCGAGACGGACCUGUCGUCGUUCCUGCGCGCGCGCGGCGCCGGCCUGCCGCCCGCGCUCGUGCUGCACUACUGGGAGGAGAUGCUGCUGGCCGUGCACUACAUACACGAGCACGGCGUGAUCCACGCGGAUUUGAAGCCGGCGAACUUCCUGCUGGUGUGCGGGCGGCUGAAGCUGAUCGACUUCGGCAUCGCGUCGGCGAUCAGCAGCGACGCCACGAGCGUGGUGCGCGCGCAGGCGGCCGGCACCUACUCCUACAUCAGCCCCGAGGCGCUCAUGGGCGGCGCGGGCGGCUACGGCGGCAGCGCCGACAUCAAAAUAUCAUUUCGUUCAGACGUGUGGUCACUGGGAUGCAUACUGUACAGCAUGAUAUACGGCCGGACGCCAUUCGGCCACAUCCCCAACCUCGCCAAGCUGGCGGCAAUCCUCGACCCCAACCACCGUAUUGAAUAUCCUCCUGCUGACCAUCUCCCGCAGUCGCUCAUCGCGAGCCUGAAGUGGUGCCUGACGUACAACGCGCGCGCGCGGCCGGCGGUGCGCGAGCUGCUGGCCGUGAAGCACCUGCAGCCGCCGCGCGCCGCGCUGCCGGCGCCGCUGCUGGACAGGCUGCGGCCGCACGUGGCCGCCGACGAGUUCCGCCUCUUGCAGCAGGCGCGCUUGUAG